UCUCUCUCUCUCACACACACACACACAUACACACGCACCAAUGGCUGCGCCUGGGCUCAGGAGACUGACUCUCUUUUGAUUAGACGUGCUUUCUUCAGCUGCUGGGCUCUCCAGUGCCUCGAUCGGGGUCCACGGGGCGUGUGAGACCCAUUCUGCGGUAUAUCUGCCCGCAUUGAUUUCGAAUCAGCAAGCCGAGGCACCGAGGAGGCGCGCCGGACCUCGGUCCGCCCAGCUCAACUGCAACUGCACAGCUUUGAGCUUUCUGAAAACCUCUGACCGAGCUGGGUUUCACGGUCUCAUCAAUCAAGUGGGAUUCUUGGCAAACAAGGCUUUGCCAGCCUUCUCUGCGCCCCAGCCCGCGUGAGCAAGUUCCGUGGCAGGGACAGAGGUUGUCCUGCACCAAGCUGACUGAGACUUGUGCUCAUCGCACUUUGGAGGCGGCUCGGAAAGGGAGAGCUGAACCUUCCAUUGACAGCAACCAGAGAGAGAGAGGGAGGGCAAGAAGAAGGAGGGAGGGGAAAGAGGCAAACCUUGAAUCACUCAGCAUCCCGUGGCUGUUUUCUCAGAUCCUAAGAAGGUGACUGUGUUGACUGAGACUUGGGCUGGGAACAUAGCUUUAUUGGGGAAGCAAUGCAAGUCUCUAUCGCUUGUACGGAACACAAUCUGAAGAGUCGGAAUGGUGAUGAUAGACUUCUGAGCAAACAGAACACCACGGCACCGAAUGUAGUGAAUGCAGCCCGGGCGAAAUUCCGGACAGUUGCUAUCAUUGCUCGAAGUUUGGGGACGUUCACCCCUCAGCAUCAUAUUUCUCUGAAAGAGUCAACCGCAAAGCAGACUGGCAUGAAAUAUAGGAAUCUUGGGAAAUCAGGACUCAGAGUUUCCUGCCUGGGACUUGGAACAUGGGUCACUUUUGGAGGUCAAAUUUCAGAUGAGGUUGCUGAAAGACUAAUGACAAUUGCCUACGAGAGUGGAGUCAACCUCUUUGACACAGCGGAGGUGUAUGCUGCUGGCAAGGCUGAAAUGAUCCUUGGAAGUAUCAUCAAGAGGAAGGGAUGGAGGAGAUCCAGCCUGGUCAUAACAACCAAACUCUACUGGGGUGGAAAAGCUGAAACAGAAAGAGGAUUGUCACGAAAACACAUCAUUGAAGGACUGAAGGGUUCCCUCCAAAGACUCCAGCUCGAAUACGUGGAUGUUGUCUUUGCCAAUCGGCCUGACAAUAAUACACCCAUGGAAGAAAUUGUCCGAGCAAUGACCCACGUCAUAAACCAGGGAAUGGCCAUGUACUGGGGAACAUCAAGAUGGAGUGCUAUGGAGAUUAUGGAAGCCUAUUCUGUAGCAAGACAGUUCAACAUGAUUCCACCAGUAUGUGAACAAGCUGAAUAUCAUCUUUUCCAAAGAGAGAAGGUGGAGGUACAAUUGCCGGAACUAUACCACAAGAUAGGGGUUGGAGCAAUGACCUGGUCCCCCCUCGCCUGUGGAAUCAUCUCAGGGAAAUAUGGCAAUGGUGUGCCCGAAAGCUCCAGAGCAUCACUCAAGUGCUACCAAUGGCUGAAAGAAAAAAUUAUAAGUGAAGAAGGAAGAAAACAGCAAAGCAAGCUAAAGGACCUUUCUCCAAUUGCUGAACGCCUGGGCUGUACCCUACCUCAGCUAGCAGUGGCAUGGUGCCUGCGGAAUGAGGGAGUGAGCUCUGUUCUCCUGGGGUGUUCCAAUCCUGAGCAACUUAUAGAAAACCUCGGUGCCAUUCAGGUCCUUCCAAAGAUGACAUCACACGUGGUGAACGAGAUCGAUAACAUACUGCGGAACAAGCCCUACAGUAAAAAGGACUAUCGCUCCUAAUCCCUGCAUGAGGCGAUGGAAGUGCAUGGUUAUCAUAGGGGCCUGUAGCCAGUUCCGAACUGUUCCAAUAUCCAGUCAUCCAAGUCACUUAGCAGCCCGCUGCUCAGCCUCUAGCGUUCCUGGAUCCUCCGAGGUGUCUGCUGUCGCUACCACUGUGUGCCGAUGUUUGAAAGCACACGCGAAAACUCACCACCGAGAAUAGCGAUUCUAUUUUCUUAUCUAUGACUAAAGCCGCUGCUGAUCCUUGCGUUGUUGCUCUGUGUACCUCAUGCUUAUGCAAUGAAAAGUAGAUGAGAAACAGAAACAAAAGAUUUAUAACCUUCAGGUAUUUGGUAACUUAAAGAAGGCUGUACAGAUAUAUUUUUUCAAACGAACAAAAUCCUCUGAUGCGAUUAUGAGAUUAUAUACAUAUAUAUAUAUAUAUAUAUAUUUAAAAAAAAGUCUUGAUGAGGCUUAAGAAGCAGGAGUAAUUUCAGCUUUUUUUUUUCUUUUCUUUUUUCUAAAAUCAAGUUUUCUUUCACUUAGUCAUUUAACAAAGCUGUCUGUCAUUAUUAUAGAUGGGAACAGUACCCCCAGCAUGGAAACUCCCUCCCCCGAGGCAGAUUGGCAAUUUGUGCCUAACAGCCUUAGAAGGUUCCCCAAGCACUGAUUAAGUGGUUUCUUGGUCAUUCAGCUAGUAGUAUCUCAGGCAGGACCUUAAACCCAAGGCUCCAUGGGCAGCCUCUCACUUGUCUGUGGUAUUUUUCCUUUUAAAUAUCAGCUGUAGUUUGCUACAAACACUGUCUUCUAUACCUUUAUCAGUGCUCCUAAUCGGAUAUCAUUAAUGUUAUGUUCACUUAAAGAUUAAAGGAAUAGUUGAUAAGAGGAUGGAUCACAUAAUAAUUAACCAGAGAUGGUAUGAUGACUUUAUCAGAGGGAGAUAAACGAAUGCUUCUAAGGAAUCUUUGUUCUGAAUAAAUCAUAUACCAAUGUAGCUGGAAAUGUAUUCAUUUUUGUCUACAUGUUAUUAAAAGCUGUUUCAUAUAUUUGCUUGUAGGUAUAGCUUCUGAAAGUUUCACUAGUUGAGCUUUUAAGAUAUACAUGUGCAAUUUAAUGCUAUAAAAUGCCCCCCCCCAAAAAAAAGUUCAACACUAAGACUAUCAAUCUAAUGCUUAGGAUUUGGGGAGGUGGGGAAUCAACAAGAAACAGGUUGUGUUUCGUGGCGGUGCUGGGUCACCUAGGCAGUAGACUUCGGUCAAUGUGGAUUCCCGCACUGAUCCACUGAGAAACAGGCAAAAAUUUCCUGAUGCCUCCGUAACCCCAAUAGGUGCAUUAAGCCAUAGUAUGCAUGAGACAGCAUGGGCAAAAAGCAAAUGGAUUCACUGGGCACUAGUUGACCUUGAACUUGAGUUGUGGUGACUCCUGUUGCUGAAUGACCUCUCUUAUUCUCCUACAUACCACCUGCAUCCACUUAACAGAGAUGCUAUGAACUCCCCCACCUGUCCCUCAGAGGGGACAUCAAUGAUCAGACCACUGAAAAGAAGGACAAUUUUCAACCUUCAUUUUCUCAGCAACAGGGCCAUGUCACUUUUACACGAAACACUUUGAACCCAAAGAUCGUAGAAUUGUAUAAUUCGUAUAGAAUCACUAUCAUUUACAGAGAGGAGUGGUUCAAUGCUAAAUCUUAAAGGGUGAAUAUGGGACACCAACAAUUCUUCCUUGAUAAUCAUGAACCUGUAACUAUUUCAUGGAGAUAAUUUUGUUCCCCACUCCCAACCCCAUCAAACAGAAGAGUACCGGAUUCAUGAUAAAAAAAAAAAAACUUUUAAAAUUCAUUUUGUAUUUCAUCUUAUGGUCUACCGUGUGUAUAAAGGCGCUGUAGUGCCGAGUAUCAGAAAUUGCAAUCUACUUGCUAUACAUUUGCUUGGAGAAAAUAAAAGGAUUU